GCCCACCAGAGCCCCAGAGGAGGUGAUGUCCAGUGUCGAUGUCGCAAGCUCCAUCAAUGACAUAUGUAUUACAAUCUCAUCUGUGAAGUCAAUUAAGAUAAUGUGGCCACAUCGUCCUCGACCAAAUGCGAUGUGUCGUUCCACUAGAUACUCUUCCUAUGACUGCACUGGUUGCAGUUUGUCAGGCGAACUCUGUGUUGAUUACAUAGACAUCCGGGCCGUAGACUACAAGAGUACACUGCUCCUUAUGUGGAAGGGGGUUUGCCAUUUAUGGGAACACCACCUUCCUUGUUAUUCAGAGAUCUGACGAUCCGACCCCUUUCACCACCUGCUUUGACAAUGAGAGACAGGUACACUUCGAUGUCGAGAGGGCUAUAAAAGUACAGCUCUAUUAUCUGGGGAAAAGGUCAUGCGUUGAAUAUUGUCUUUUGGACCGUCACGAAGUCCCAGUCAAGUGAUGUAGUGGAGUCUUGAAGCUUGAAGCUUGAGGUUCAUAUGAUACAGCUGUGUUACUAAGCUGUGUUAGGGGUUGACAGACGGUCCGCUUGAGUUGAGUCAAUGUUGAUUAGUGCUCUCGGCCAUUGACAUCUAUGCACCACUCAGACAAAGACAAAUUGACUGGCUUACAGAGGGAAGGACCAAGAUCUCCCUCGGCAUCGAUGCUUCCAAUGGGUAAUUCAUUCUCCGCUGCUGCAUUCCUCGCGUCGAACGUGUGCACGGCCACCAUUCUCUUUCUUGUGCUCAACCGUCAUGCACGCCAAUGGUAGCGCCGCCGGCGAGCAAGCCACUCCAGUCAUGGGUGGUUUGGAUAGAAAACAACUCAAGCUAUCUCACUUACCCUCCAGACGGGAUCUCAAGGUCCCUUAUCCGAGGACGCCCUCCUCAAUCGAUCCUAACAACCCGCCAUGGCCAGCGUUCCGUGGUUACCACACUUACUCCUUCGCCAACGCGACUAUGGGUCACCGGUUGCCCACUAUCCUCGGGAAAGCCAUCGAAGACGUCAUUGAAACCCUUAACGGCCUGUCUGACGAAGAGGAAAUCCAUGAUCUGGUGAGUUGCAUCCAGAGGAUGGAUACCUUGAAGAACGAGUUGCACCAGCACGCCAAGUUGCGGCCUAUCAUCGACGAUGGCGAGGCGGAUGUGGCUUUGUGGAAUAAGGAGAUCACAAAGUAUUUCGCAGACAAGGACUUCAUGAACGCGCCAUGGCUCUUCGCAGAGGCGUACAAAUACAGACGCCUCCGCGAGUGUUUCACCGUCAGCAAAUUCUGGGGUGACUAUGAUGUCUUUUUCAGACAAAAAUGUGAUACAUUCUCGCGUUCGAGUGACGCCGUCUUCGAACUGUCCACGCGUUUUGCAGAGCCAUUCCAGCACAAGAAACACCUAUCCGAUAACGAAAAGCUCGACGCAGAGCGUCUCAUGUUCAUGGAGUUAACGCAGGUCUGUCUUUGGGGCAACUCCACCGACCUCUCGCUCCUCAUCAACAUGACUGAGGAGCAAAUCAAGGCCUUACAGUCAACUGGAGGGGAAGCACUUGCCGAGACUGAGAAGAACAUUCUUGCGAACCACAUCCCCAAAUUGUGGGAAGUCGUUCGAGACCUAAAGGGCAAACCUAGCGCAAGGAUUGACUUCAUUUUGGAUAAUGCUGGGUUCGAGUUGUAUUGUGAUUGCGUCUAUGCCGACUUCCUGAUGCAAAACGGGUACGCUGAACAAGUCCGCUUCCAUGGUAAACGUUAUCCGUGGUUCGUCUCCGACGUCACCAAGAAGGAUUGGAGCUGGUUGUUGAAUAGCAUGGUGUAUGGGCACUUAUUCCCAAUGGCAACCGACCAAGAGAAGGAGACCUUAAAACGACUGGGCUUGAGGUGGAAACAAUACGAGAACGAGGGCAAGUGGGUGUAUGAGCAACACCCUUUCUGGUGUACCGGAUACACCUUCUGGGAUUUGCACAAGGAAGCACCGGAUCUGUUCCUGCAUUUAUCCAAGUCAGACCUAGUUGUCUUCAAGGGUGACUUGAACCAUCGUAAGCUGACGUACGAUUGUGCUGCUCCCUAUGCAACGCCUUUCGAUGUUGCCAUAGGCCCUAUGGCUUCAGCUAGUGGAGCGCCCAAAGUGUGCAGCUUGCGCACCAUCAAGAGUGAUGUUGUCAUCGGUCUUGGUAAGGAUGGAGAUACUCUUGGUGAGAAGUUGGAUAAAGAAGAGGAUGGGUGGAAGAUUAGCGGAAAAUAUGCGAUUGUGCUCCUCUCAGAAGGACGCCCUGGAGAACCGGUUACAUUCACCUAAUGCAUGGCAUAUUUGGAUUCGUUUGGAUAUCGUCUGGAGAGAUGGACAGUCGAUCGAAAAUAUACCCGAAUCAUAGAAGCGUCACUUGCAUGCAGACCAAGUUUCUUUAGACAACACACGAAGAGUCUAGAGCUAUUGUACAAUCAGUCGUAGGACAUUCAGCGGUAAUAGCUAGAAUGACUAAUCGUAGACGCACCUUAAUAUAUCGACUGUCGUAGC